GUCGCAGGAGGAGGAUGCAGAACGCACGGCUGCUGAAGAAGGAGGACGAGGUGGAUGUGGAUGUCAACUGGGAGGACCAGCAGCGGAUCAACAAGUUUGGCCGGCUGAACCAGCGUGUGCACGAGCUCGAGGCCGACAUCGGGCGGUGGCAGGAGGAGCUGGACAACCUGGAGGAUGCGUCGACCGAGGUGUUGAUGGCCGACGACGACGAUGCGCUGCGGUUCCAGAUUGGCGAAGUCUUUGUCAUGCUGCCGGCGGACGAGGUCGAGGCGCGGAUCGAGGCGCUGCAGGAGGAGACGGAGGCCAAGGUGACGGCGGCCGAGGCCGAGAUCGAGACGCUCCGCGAGGCGCUCGCCGAGCUCAAGGUUGUGCUGUACGGCAAGUUUAAGAACUCGAUCAACCUUGAGGAGUCGUAGGCCCGAGGAGGUUUUAAACCAGCGCAGAGGUGAUACAGUAAAAGCGGCGAUGUGGUAGAGAGA